CGCCCCGCGCCUGCGCACUGCACUCGCUCACACAAGAUGGCGGCGGUUUGUGCUCGUAUUUUGCGCCGGAGUUUCAGCUCCGCGCGGCAGCUGUCGGCCGCGGCCAGUGGCGAGGAACACCAAGGGGCACGUAUGUGGAAGAUCCUGAGCUUUGUUGUUGCUAUUCCUGGUGUAAGUGUCUGUAUGUUGAACUGCUACCUGAAGGCGCAGCAGCACAGCCACGAGAGGCCAGAGUUUGUUCCUUAUGAUCAUCUCCGCAUCAGGAACAAACCAUUCCCUUGGGGUGAUGGGAAGCACAGUUUCUUCCACAAUCCCCAUGCUAAUCCUCUGCCCACUGGCUGGGAAGAUGCAGAGGAACACUGAAAUUUUGGAGCAGAGAAGACUGGUCCUAAGUUGAUGGACCAUUCCUUCAAGCCUAAGAGUUAUGUAAAUGUGUGCAUUAUUUUAAAAAAUAAAGAUAAAAGACUUAUGAAACAAGUGUUCACCUUUGAUGAGGUAACACCAUAAUAAAAAUACUGUGGAAAA